CCUCUCUUCUGAAGAAGAAGGAAAGAAAGAAAGAAAGAAAGAAAGGGAAAGAGAGAGAACCAAUCUCUUAUAUAUCUCCAUCUCACAAUCUCCGCCAUCAAUCUACACCAUGAUCCGCAUAAGCAACAAUCUCAUCGGCGUCCUAAAUAUCCUCACCAUCAUCCUCUCCAUUCCUUUGUUUAUCUCAGCCAUCUACGUGAGCCACCAUUCCAAUUCCCAAUGUGAUAGAUUCAUCCGCGUCCCUCUCCUUGUAUUGGCUAUUUUACUAUUUUUCAUCUCCCUCUGUGGUUUCAUUGGAUCAUGCUGCCGUGUUACAUUCUUCUUAUGGAUUUAUCUCUUCAUCAUGUUCUUGCUGAUACUCGGGCUCAUGGGUUUUACUGUCUUUGCAUUCGUGAUAACGAAUAAAGGAGCCGGAGAGGUCAUAUCAGGGAGAGGCUACAAAGAAUACCGGCUUGGGAACUACUCGCUUUGGUUGCAAAAACGCGUUAGGGAUGAGCGGAAUUGGUUGAAGAUUAAGAGCUGCUUGAGUGAGGCGAAGGUUUGUAGCAGUCUCGGCCGUGGUGCCGUUUAUGAGAAAGCGGCUGAGUUCUAUAAGAUGAACCUCACGCCGAUCCAGUCAGGUUGCUGCAAGCCACCUUCUUUCUGUGGUUUCAUAUACCAAAAUGCCACAUUUUGGUCCCAACCGAAAUCUGGCGUGAAGUCUAAUGAAAAGGAUUGCUUGACAUGGAGCAAUGAUCAGAACCGUCUAUGUUUCGAAUGUGAAUCAUGCAAGGCUGGGGUCCUCGCUAACUUGAAGCACGAUUGGCGGAAAGUUGCAAUUGUAAAUGUAUCUGUCCUUGUAUUCGUCAUCAUCAUCUACUCCAUUGGUUGCUGCGCUUUCAGAAACAACAGAUACGACACCGGUCACAAGACACGAGCCUACCCUUAAUCCAACCUUAGAAUGGUAGCAGAGAACAAAUUAAUCAAUAUUCUUUGGUUGUGAACUUAUUGCUACUCCAUUUUAUUUCUUGUGCAUUUACUCAAGCAUUUAUGUAAUUAUUUGGUCGAUAAUUCUUUU